CUUGACAGGCGUGAUCUCAGUCCAAUAAGAAUAGAGGACUGAGUUCCGCAGAGCCAACAGCGAAAGUCCGAGGGGCAGUGGAGGCGGUCUAUGUGAGGAAACAAGAAGACAGGCCCAAGAUGGAGGCGGUGGCGGCUGUAGCGGCGUGACAGGAGCCCCAUGGCACCUGCCCAGCCCCACCUCAGCCCAUCUUGACAAAGUCUUAGGCUCCAUGGAGCCGCCACGGGGCCCCCCUGCCAACGGGGCCGAACCGUCCCGGGCAGUGGGCACUGUCAAAGUGUACCUGCCCAACAAGCAACGCACAGUGGUGACUGUCCGGGAUGGCAUGAGCGUCUACGACUCUCUAGAUAAGGCCCUCAAGGUGCGGGGCCUCAAUCAGGACUGCUGCGUGGUCUAUAGACUCAUCAAAGGGCGAAAGACAGUCACUGCCUGGGACACGGCCAUUGCACCCCUGGAUGGGGAGGAGCUCAUCGUGGAGGUCCUGGAAGACGUGCCCCUGACCAUGCACAACUUUGUACGGAAGACUUUCUUCAGCCUGGCAUUCUGUGACUUCUGCCUUAAGUUUCUGUUCCAUGGCUUCCGCUGUCAAACCUGUGGCUACAAGUUCCACCAGCAUUGUUCCUCCAAGGUCCCCACAGUCUGCGUUGACAUGAGUACCAACCGCCGACAGUUCUACCACAGUGUCCAGGAUUUGUCCGGAGGCUCCAGGCAGCACGAGGUCCCCUCAAACCCUUCCUUGAAUGAGCCACUAACCCCCCAGGGUCCCAGCCCCCGCACCCAACUCUGCGACUCGGAGCACUUCCCCUUCCCUGUCCCAGCCAACGCCCCCCUGCAGCGCAUCCGCUCCACGUCCACUCCCAACGUCCACAUGGUCAGCACCGCAGCCCCCAUGGACUCCAGCCUCAUGCAGCUCACGGCCCAGAGCUUCGGCACCAAUGCUGCUGGUGGUAAAAGUGGUGAUGGAGCCCCCCGGGGGAGCCCUAGCCCUGCUGGCAUGCCCUCGGGGAGGAAGUCCCCACAUUCCAAGUCACCUUCAGAGCAGCGGGAACGGAAGUCCUUGGCUGAUGAAAAGAAGAAAGUGAAGAACCUGGGGUACCGGGACUCAGGUUAUUACUGGGAGGUGCCACCCAGUGAGGUGCAACUGCUGAAGAGGAUCGGAACGGGCUCCUUUGGCACCGUGUUUCGUGGGCGGUGGCAUGGCGACGUUGCCGUGAAAGUGCUCAAGGUGGCCCAACCCACAGCUGAGCAGGCCCAGGCCUUCAAGAACGAGAUGCAGGUGCUCAGGAAGACACGACAUGUCAACAUCUUGCUAUUCAUGGGUUUCAUGACCCGGCCAGGGUUUGCCAUCAUCACACAGUGGUGUGAGGGCUCCAGCCUCUACCACCACCUGCACGUGGCCGACACGCGCUUCGACAUGGUCCAGCUCAUUGACGUGGCCCGGCAGACUGCCCAGGGCAUGGACUACCUCCAUGCCAAGAACAUCAUCCACCGAGACCUCAAGUCUAACAACAUCUUCCUACAUGAGGGGCUCACAGUGAAGAUUGGUGACUUCGGCCUGGCCACAGUAAAGACUCGGUGGAGUGGGGCCCAGCCCUUGGAGCAGCCCUCAGGCUCUGUGCUAUGGAUGGCAGCUGAGGUGAUCCGUAUGCAGGACCCGAACCCCUACAGCUUCCAGUCGGACGUCUAUGCCUAUGGGGUUGUGCUCUAUGAGCUCAUGACUGGCUCGCUGCCUUACAGCCACAUUGGCAGCCGUGACCAGAUCAUCUUUAUGGUGGGCCGUGGCUAUCUGUCUCCAGACCUCAGCAAAAUCUCUAGCAACUGCCCCAAGGCCAUGCGUCGCCUGCUGUCUGACUGCCUCAAGUUCCAGCGGGAGGAGCGGCCCCUCUUUCCCCAGAUCCUGGCUACCAUUGAGCUGCUGCAGCGGUCACUCCCCAAGAUUGAGCGGAGUGCCUCAGAACCCUCCCUGCACCGCACGCAGGCGGAUGAGCUGCCAGCCUGCCUCCUCAGUGCAGCCCGCCUUGUGCCUUAGGCCCUACUUCCCAGCCACCAGGGAGCCGAUCUCAGCCCGUCGCCAGUGUGCUGCCGCCUUGAUACUGCCUCAGGAUCCCCAUCCCCGCCCUGGGAGAUGCGGGGAUCCCCACAUGCUCUUCCAGUUUCUCUGGAAUUGGGGGAACCCCCAGAGAUUAGACCCCUGCCUCUUCCAUAAUUUGAUUUCCUCUUGGCUUUGGGGAUACUUCUAAAUUUGGGGUGCUCCUCCGUCUCCAAUGGCUGGGAUUUGUAGCAGGGAUUCCACUCAGAACCUCUCUGGAAUUUGUGCCUGAUGUGCCUUCACUGGAUUUUGGGGUUCCCCAGCGCCCCAUGUGGAUUUGGGGGGUCCCCUCUGUCUCUCCUGCCAUUCAAGGACUCCCCUUUUUCUUCAUCAAGAAGCACAGAAUUCUGCUGGGCCUUU